AUGAAGGAGAGGGUGACGGUGAAGAGUCCCAAUGCAAUUUGGUUCAAGAUGCGUUAUUUUCUCGCAGUUCUGCUGCCACUUUCGACUCUCUUCCACGUUUGUUUCGCAUCGCAUAAUGCAACUGGCGUGGAACAUCUUCUCGUCCGUCGAGCCAUGACAGCCACUGAUCUGUUUAGCAUCAAAUCUGAGAAUACCCCAGGAGGCUGCUCGGCAGCUCAACAGGCACAGCUCACGGCUUGGAUCGCAGAUGCGGUCAAACUGCACGACGCUGCUGUGGCAGCCUAUGGUUUUAGUAAUGGCCUAAAAGAUGCGGCACAUCUGUGGUUUUUCAUGGGUAUGAAAUUUUCCGCUCCUGGGACUCCUACAACGGAUCAAGAUAGUGACAUGUACAAGGAAAUGGGAGAUCGUCUUGCUGGCGUCACCGAGUUUCUCAACGGAAAUGGUGUGCGAGGUGCCAAAGCUAGAACUAAGCCUUUGUUCUGGUGCUCCGACGCAUUCGCCGACUUUGCCGACUGGGAUGAACCCGCCAAAGACAAGAAUGGAAAUACUAUCCCGAAACCUAACAGCGGGGACAAUGUGUUUACCCUUGAGCAGCUGUUCCCCGAUUUGUACGAGGGAAUCCAAGGAGGUAAAUCUAUGGAGCCUUUCUGGGCCGAUGUUUUCAACGGCUACGUUGUGCAGGGUACAGAUGUGGAGAGACUGUGUUUUUCCACUCUUUACGCGGCUACUCCUCGUGCAAGGGCAGCCGACAAUGUCAAGGAUGGUAUAGACGUCAAAGUUGGGACGUUCGAAAGGUUCAUUUACUUCUGCAACAACGGUUGGACACAGAGACCAGGAGUGAAAGAGAAUACUGCUCUAGCAUCCCUCGCGGACGCCAUCACGUACGCAAACUAUCCGACAGCUGGGAGCCGAGCACAGAGUUUGGCCGCCUUUACUCCCAUCAGUGCAACUUUCUAUCACGAAUUGUUCCACUUGACUGAUUACACUACCGAUACCAAGACGAAACCUAUAACCGGUGACCCCUUCCCGGGCCUGGGGUCCAUUGUCAACGCGGCACAGAAGCAAAAUCCGGAAAUUACUAGAAACCCGGAGUCUUUCAACUUCUUUGCGAUGGCCUCAUACUUGGUACGCAAUCCGCCUGCAACUCCAGACAACAACCCGAAAAAGCCCGCUGUCCUAUUCUUUGGGGGGUUUCCAGUGGAUGCAAACAGUGUUAGUGGUUGA